UUCAACGAGGUACAGAGACUGUCACCGCCAUUACUUCUCACUUACGGUCAUUUCAAGACGGAAACUUUUCACAAAAUAACAAAACAGGUCAACGAAAUCGGCUUCUGUUUUAAGCUUGACGUCUUUUGGAAAUCCUAAGAGACGGAAAGAAACUUUUUCCAUUUUUUCUGGCUUCGCCUUUGAGGAGUUCUGCCACAAAAAAAUCCAAGGCAAACCACAAAUAUUAUAGAAGGUGGAGACGGUUGCAGGAGAAAAAAAAACAGGUUCAUUUUUUAACUAGCGCUACACGUCCAGACGGAAAAAGGUAUCGUCUACGCUUAGUUGCAUGGCUUGUUGAUGUUUGCGUUAUCUCAUCUUCCAAAAAAGAUCUCCUUACCUCCACUAGAAUUAAUAAAUAGAUGUGAUAACUUCAGUAUUGGACGAACGUCUUCAGAAUACACUUUACUCGCCAGUGACCUGAGAUUCCUUUGAAGCAAUUGGGCUUCAACUCCCAUCCUAGGAGGCGGAGUCUUAACUUAUUAAAAGGAACUUGCCGAGGCUUGGACGCCCGCAAAUAUGAUGAUGAUGUCUCUGAACAGCAAGCACCAUUUUGCUAUGGCCCACACCAGCUUGCCCGAACCGAAGUAUUCGUUGCAUUCAAACUCCAAUUCCAAUGUAGCCUCGUCCUCCUGCUCGUCCGCCCGACACAGCAACUCGAUCAUCAGCGGCAGCGGCAGCUCGGAGGCGAUGCGCAGAGCCUGUCUCCCAACCCCACCGAGCAAUAUAUUCGGAGGCUUGGAUGAGAGUUUGUUGGCCCGGGCUGAAGCUCUAGCGGCGGUGGAUAUAGCCUCGCAGAACAAGAACCACCACCACCCUCCACAUCACAGCCCCUUCAAGCCGGACGCAACCUACCACACCAUGAACACUCUCCCCUGCACCUCGUCUUCCUCCUCCGCCUCCUCGGGUCCUAUUUCUCAUUCGUCCGCCUUGAAUGGCCAGCACCAUCACCACCACCAUCACCACCACCACCAGCCCCACCAGGCACUGGAGGGGGACCUGCUGGAUCACAUCUCCCCGGGACUGGCACUAGGAGCCAUGGCAGGGCCGGAUGGCUCUGUGGUUUCCACGGCUACGCACCCUGCCCACAUGGCGGGCAUGAGCCACAUGCACCAGGCAGCCCUCAACAUGGCUCAUGCCCACGGGCUACAGCAGCACAUGGGCAUGAGCGACGUGGACGCCGAUCCCAGGGACUUGGAAGCCUUCGCUGAGAGGUUUAAGCAGCGACGGAUCAAACUCGGGGUUACCCAGGCGGAUGUAGGGUCAGCUUUAGCCAGCCUGAAGAUACCUGGGGUGGGCUCCCUCAGCCAGAGCACCAUCUGCCGAUUCGAGUCCCUGACGCUCUCUCACAACAACAUGAUCGCUCUGAAGCCCAUCCUGCAAGCAUGGCUAGAAGAAGCCGAGAAAUCACACAGGGAUAAACUUAAUAAACCCGAGUUGUUCAACGGCGCGGAGAAAAAGAGGAAGCGCACAUCGAUAGCCGCACCAGAGAAGAGGUCACUGGAGGCCUAUUUCGCCAUUCAGCCGCGUCCCUCUUCGGAGAAAAUCGCAGCAAUCGCAGAGAAGCUGGACCUGAAGAAGAACGUGGUCCGGGUCUGGUUUUGCAACCAGCGACAGAAACAGAAACGAAUGAAAUACUCUGCAUGUAUCUGAAACCGCUCUGAACCACCACCCAAAAGACUUGGAACUGUUUAGAGACGAUUUGUAUCAUAUUUCCUAUCUCACACCUUGUUUUCCAAUCAUCGAUGACUUUGUGCUCUGAACUUCGAAAAAUUCCUUAAAAAUGAACAAUGACUGAAAAACUCGAAAAGCCCACAUGUCACGUCUUUUACUCGCUGAGAGGGAGACGUGGAGUCAAGUAAAGCAUCGUUUGACAGAGCAAGUAAGACCACUGUUUCCACACUUACUAUGCCUCACCUUUUUAAUGUCAACGCAGUAUUACUUACAGGACUCUAUGCUUUCAUUUUUAAUUAUAUUUCUUUUAAAAUGAGGACUAUAGUUUGCUUUAGCAUAAAUACCCCCAAUGAAAACAGCGUUGUUAUUUACACACUAGUUUAACUCGAAGCACUUCGUUGAUGAUUAUUGGUGUUUAUGUUUUGGGUUUAAGUUAUAGGUUAAGCUACAUUUUCACUCCCGAGUUCAUGACGAUGCAGUUUGACAUUUUAUUCAGGGUCCAUGAGGGAUUAAGAGAAUAACACACUAUUGGUCUUGAAAGCUAAUAUUAGAUUACUGCCAAAUAAUUCUUUGUAAAUUAAUAAUUUAAUUGUCACACACUUCAUUUUGUGUCUAAAUGUGUAAUUUAAUUCCACUUAUUUUGUUACCAUGUGUGAUCAAAUUCAGGGAUCUAUUUUUAAGAUGCCCGGGGUUUGGAUUUAAGGUAUAAGGUUUUUAUUAUUAGGCCUCAGUAUGUGGAAAUAUCGGAAUAGUGACUCACUUUCACAGAAUCUCGCAAUUAAAAUAAUAUGAUUUCUGGCCGGCUGCAAUAAGUUUACAAUCCAGCGUGGGCCGGUCUCUUAUGAACUAUUUAUUGAGUGAGGUCAUGUUUACUUCAUUAUAUAUUUAUUGGGAUUCCCCCCUCCUCGUUUUGCUUGAGAAAAUCAAAUUCUGCAGCAAGUUAGGCGUGUUGGUCUGGUUUAAAGGGAAACGACUGUGAAAUACAGUCAUAACAUUUUCGUUUACAAUUUCUAACACUUGAGAUGGUACAAUCGAGAUAUAUAUGAGAUAGUAUUCUCUUUUUGAAUUAUUUUAUGUAUGUUUUCUGCUAUUUAUUUGUAUAAAUAUACGCGCAUCAUUAUGAAGUCGUUGCUUGUUAAAAUCACCUUGUUUAAGUAAUGUUUUUUCUUGAAGACAAAAGAAACAGCUUCAUGGAAGUAUACGUGUACAAUGUAAAUAUUUCAUUGGAACCAGUCGAUGCACAUAAAUAUAUCCGUACAGGUUUUUGCUGUAUUGCUGUUUUAGCUGAGGUAACUUAUUUCUGUAAUGUAUGUUGCUUCUGUUUCCUGGUUAAAUUAUUCUAUUAAUUUAUUACAUCCAUGUAAUUUUUUUUUAUUUAAUUAUUGAACUGCAAUAUGUGUUUC